UAAUUAUAUUUCUUUUAUCAUUUCAGAUAUCCCAGAAGAUGUUGGAGUCUAAGAGUUGUGCUGUGAACGUCGAAACUAGCACCAAAAAUCGAAAAGCACGUGGUAGUUGGACUGGCAAACUAGAUUUUAUAUUAACAUGUAUAGGUUUUGCAGUUGGACUUGGAAAUAUCUGGAGAUUUCCUUACUUAUGUUACAAAAGUGGUGGUGGUGCUUUUUUCAUUCCAUAUUUUAUAUUCUUGAUUCUCUGUGGUAUACCACUAUUCUUCCUGGAAGUAUCAUUUGCCCUUGGUAGCCUUAGUCCUAUAGCUAUAUGGAGAAUAAGUCCCCUAUUUAAAGGUAUUGGUGUUGGAAUGGUUAUAGUCUCUGGAAUUGUGUGCGUCUAUUACAAUGUUAUAAUCGCCUGGACAUUGUAUUACCUUUUCAUGUCAUUCCGAAGUACUCUUCCUUGGAGUACAUGUGGAAACAGUUGGAAUACCAAAUACUGCGUCGAAGACGAUCACAACAAUGCAUCCGCACUCAAUGGUACCUGGAACGAGAACAGUACCUACUCUAUAUUCCAGAAUGUCAGUGUAGCCCAAGUUUUUAACCAUUCCAUGAGAGUAUCAGCUAGUGAAGAAUAUUGGGAGAAUCAAGUGUUGAAAAUAACGAGUGGAAUUGAAAUUCCGGGAGUGAUUCGCUGGGAGCUCUUGCUGUUCUUGAUCUUUGCAUGGUUGAUAGUAUUUCUCUGUUUGUUUAAAGGAAUUGAAGUUCUUGGAAAGUUGAUGCAUUUUGCUGCUCCUUUCCCUUAUUUUGUUCUCUUCAUUCUUCUCAUUCGUGGGGUUACGUUACCUGGGUCUUUAGAAGGCAUAAAAUUUUAUAUAAUACCCAGAUUUGAGGAACUUAAGAAAUUCCAAGUGUGGGGAGAUGCAGCCCUGCAGAUAUUCUACUCCAUAGGUAUGGCAUGGGGUGGUAUUAUAACUAUGGCAAGUUAUAAUGAAUUUAAUCACGAUGUUUAUAAGGAUGCACUUAUUGUCCCUAUGAUCAAUUGUGCUACAAGUAUCUUCGCAGGUUUUGUCAUCUUCUCAGUUCUUGGAUUUAUGGCUUUUGAAACUGGUGUUAGUGUUGAUAAUGUUGUUAGACAAGGUCCUGGCCUGACCUUUGUUGCAUAUCCCGAAGCUCUUUCUCGGUUACCUAUAUCCUCGCUAUGGGCUGUGCUAUUCUUCUUGAUGCUUUUUAUAAUUGGUCUUGAUAGCCAGCCAGUGGGCUGUGGCCAUGCUGGGGCACUGCAGUUUUAUAUUAUUAAUUUCUUUUGACUAUGCCUAAGGCUA